AUGGGAGAGCUGGGUGUGAAUCCCGAAGACCUUGAGGAGAGACUUAGCGAUGUACUGGAAUUGUGUGCGGGAUGGAACGCCAUUGCUAUCCUUGACGAGGCUGACGUUUUUCUGGAAACCCGAAGCAAUUCGGAUCUCAUUCGCAACGCAAUGGUGUGCGUCAUGCUUCGGAUUCUAGAGUAUCACCCUGGAAUACUUUUCUUAACGACGAACCGAGUCAGAUCCAUCGAUCCUGCGUUUGAAAGUCGUAUAACGAUCGCCGUACACUAUGAAUCCUUGAAUCUUGCGGCGAGAAGAAAAGUUUGGUCUGCCCAGCUUGAGUCUAUAUCAGAUCUUGGGGCCGCCGAUAUUGAUAUCAAUUCAUUGGCACGGCAGGCCCUGAAUGGACGACAAAUUAAAAACGCGGUUCAGUUGGCACUGUGUCUUGCUGCAGAUCAGCGGUCCCAGCUCACCCAUGCAAUACUCCUCAAGACUCUAGAAAUCACCUCGCUUGGUCGACUUAACAUGUUGGCAGAUGAUACAUGGGAAAGUUCACGAUGUAUAUGCGAUACUAUCCAGAUUUGA